CUGUAGCCUGUCCGGGGGGGUCGACCCGGAACCCCUCGUCGUGUCAAGCCGAGUCCAGACCCCCCAACCUGAGUGACAGGUAACGCCCAGGAAUGGGGGCAGGGUUAGGGCGGGAAGGAAGGAUUGUCCCGCCACUGCGUGUACACCUAAUUCCAACUGCAGAAUUGCUGCUCGGCAGUAUUGUCAUUUGUCCAGCUUUGCUCUCUGGGGGUUAUCCGCUGGACCGAGAGAGAGGAGGGGAGAGGCGAGAGGCGAGACAAAGGAUUCAGGGUCGAACUGCCGAAGAGCAAGCGCCAGGCAGUCCUCUCAAGGGACGAGACAGAUCCGACAGCGUAUACCCAGGUACGCUCGCAGUGCCAUCAAGAAAGCCAAUCAAACUUCAAAUACGGAUUAUGCGCAGGAAAGGAGAGAUUUGGGGCCAGAAAAAGAGGACCCAAUGAGGUGUCAUGGAAUCUGCGCUGUGAGCCGAGUGUCUUGGGUCAAAUCCACUCAAGUUGCCAGCAUUGUCAAUCAGGACCUUGAUCACAGGGGCGAGACAGGUCUCUUCCAUCGCUGGGAACGGUGGGAAGAGAUCGUGGCCAACUACCUCCCUUGCAAGCCUGCACAUCUUGGCUACUCUCAUGCAUAGUAGUCAAACCUCACGUACGUCCUUAACAUGAGAGCGCGCUUUAGGG